AUGGCCCCCUCCGCCAUAUCCCCUCCCCCCUCUUCCACCACCUCUUCUCCCGGAAUAACCCCCCUCCGCGUCCUAGUCCCCGAAAAACUCUCCCCCGAAGGUCUCGCCCUCCUCCGCUCCGCCUCCCUCCAAGUCGACGUCCCCGCCCCCGGCUCUCUCUCCCCCGCGGACCUCCUCGCCCAAAUCCCCUCUUACCACGCCUUGAUUGUCCGUUCAGAGACAAAAGUCAAUGCUGCCGUUCUGGCCGCCGGAGGAGAAGGCAAGCUGCGUGUGGUAGCUCGCGCCGGCGUGGGGGUCGAUAACAUCGACGUCGACGCCGCUACCACGCAGGGAGUCAUCGUAGUCAACAGUCCCAGUGGGAAUAUAGUAGCAGCGGCAGAGCACACCAUCGCCUUGCUGCUCGCGGCAGCGAGGAAUGUGGGCAGGGGGGAUGCGGGGAUGAAAGCCGGGAAAUGGGAGAGGGGGAAGUUGGUCGGGGUGGAGGUCGGGAGGAAGGUGUUGGGGAUUGUGGGCUUUGGGAAGGUGGGGGUGAAGGUUGCGCGGAUGGCGAAGGGGUUGGGGAUGAGGGUGGUUGUGGUUGAUCCUUAUGCUAGUGCUGAGGUGGCCAGGGGGGAGGGGGUGGAGUUGAGGGGGGAGUUGGGGGGGAUGUUGCCCGAAUUGGACUUCCUAACAGUACACACCCCCCUCCUAGCAAGCACGGCCAACCUCCUCGGCGAAAAAGAACUCCGCUCCAUGAAGCCCACCGCGCGCGUCCUCAACGUAGCCCGAGGCGGGGUCUACAACGAAGCCGCCCUGCUCAAAGCCCUCGACGAAGGGUGGAUAGCGGGCGCCGGGCUGGACGUGUUCACCUCGGAACCGCCCCUGCCCGACUCCGUCGCGGCCAAGCUGGCGGCGCAUCCCAAGGUGGUUAGUACGCCGCAUCUGGGGGCGAGUACCGUCGAGGCGCAGGAGAAUGUGUCGAUGGAUGUGUGCACGCAGGUGGUGGAGGUUCUGAGGGGGGGGUUGCCGACGGCGGCGGUGAAUGCGCCGUUGAUUUUGCCGGAUGAGUAUAGGCGGUUGCAGCCGUUUGUGAAGUUAGUCGAACGCAUAGGCAGCCUCUACACCCAACACUUCGCCACCCAAACCCACUCCCGCAACGACCGCCGCUUCGAGCUCUCCUACCACGGCGAGCUCGCCGGCAUCAGCAACACCCGCCCGCUCUUCGCCGCCCUCGUCAAAGGCCUCGUCAGCUCCAUCAGCGACCUGCGCGGCCGCGACGUCAAUAUUGUCAAUGCCACGCUCGUCGCACGGGAGCGCGGGAUCGCGAUUGAUGAGAAGCAUGUUCGGGCUGAGGAUGCUGGGGGUGUGGCCCGGGUGGGUGGUGGGAGUGGGGGGAGUGUGACGUUGAGGAGUUUGAGUACAUCUACGGGUACGGAUGCUGGUGCUGCGGGUAAGGAAGGAGAUGGGGAGGAGCAGACGAUCGAGGGGUAUGUGAGCGGGAGUAGUGCGUAUAUUUCUCGGUUGGGUCGGUUCCGGGCGGAUUUCACGCCCGAGGGGACGUUGUUGGUGCUGCAUAACUUUGAUCAGCCGGGGAAGAUUGGGAAUGUGGGUAUGGUGUUGGGUCAGCAUGGGGUGAAUAUCAAUUUUAUGCAGGUUGCUGCGCUGGACGGGAAGGGUGCUGGGCUGGCUGUGCCGGGGGAUGUGGUGGAUGGGCCGUUGGAGACGAAGGAUCGGAGUGAUCGGGAGGCGUUGAUGAUUUUGGGCGUGGCGGGGGAUGUUACUGAAGGGUUGUUGGAUGAGUUGGCCAAGGCGGAGGGGAUCUUGAAUCACGCGUGGAUAUCGACACUCACACCAUAUCGACUGACACUAGCCAGUACCCGUUGGCACCGACCAACAUUAACACUAAUAUCCACCACACCAACAUCCGCCUCCGCCGUUAUGGACGACUUGUCGCGGAUGUCGGAUGUGGAGGGCGAUGUGGCCAUAGUGGACGAUCACACCUUUGGUCCGUCGGGACGAGGAGCCCGGUCUCCCGUGCCCAAGUCGCGCUCGCUUUCCGACGGCGGUCACACCCCCAAGCUAUUGUCUCCCUCGCCUCACAUUGUCGAAGCCGCCCUGCGCCUCUCCAAGGACGAUAUCGCCAUUCGGGAUAAAACCCGCCAGACCGCCCCGGCACUUCCCCCCUCCACCCCGGUCCGAGCCGGUUUUCACGCCCGCGGCCUCCUCCUGCGCAUGCCACCGCCCGAUCCGGAACCCGAAUCCGCACCUGCACCCGCCUCGCCUGCCGCCGGCCAACCCAGUUUCGCCCGGCCCCCGCCUCACUCGCCGAAACUCGACCAGCACCCAUAUGCCUCGCCGCCCACCAACAUCCUCCCGCGUCGCUCCCGCGGCCUCGAUUUCUCCCGUGCAGCCACCAGUUUGCACCAUUCCACCCUCGCCGCACCAUCCUCACCCGAUUCUUCUCCGACAAUCGGAUCGCGCGCCAUGAACAUUCCGGGUCGUCGCGCCGAAUACGGCGGCGGUUCCGGCGCAGACCAGACCUCGACCUCGCUCUGGUCCAUGAUGGGCAAUCACGAGCGCAUGCACAUCGCCGCCAGUUCCGUAGGCAGCACCACCGGCCACGCCAUGUCCGACCUGUCCUCCAGCUCCGACGACGACGAUUACAUGGACGAGGACAUGGACGAAGCCUACAUCACAACCCCGCAGGUACAAAAAGUCGGCAUGUCACGUUCCUCCAUGGGCGCGCCCUGGAUGCCGGGGUCGCCGGCGGCCAGCAAUUUGCUCAGUUUCCAACAGCGGCAGCGGCAGCGGCAGAAGCAGCGGAACCAGCCCAAGAAGAAACCGCGCGGGCCGAUUGGAUUGGGGUUUCACUCGCCUGCGGGGUCGUCGGUUGGGAUGUCCAGGUCGCCGCCGAAUAGCAUGAUGGGGGGUGGCCAUGAUAUGUCGCCGCAUGCGAGGCGGGAGAGUAUUAGCUGGGCGGCGAACCAGUUGAAUAUAUCGGGGAAUGAGAGCGAUGAUAGUCAUAGGCAGGCGGAUGGAAUGGAUAGUCCGUCGCGGCCGAGUAUUGUGCGGCGGGCUGUUACCCGGAGGGGGAAUUUACUGCCCAAAACAAAAGGAUUCGCCCGCAUCCGCGCUGCCCUCGCCGAAGAGAGCGCGCCCGUCGAGUCCGAAUUCCGCCACGAAGCCGAAGUAGUCCGCCAAGUCCGCGAAAGCGACAUGGACCUCGAGCCGCGCUACCCCCUCCCACAAUCCGGGCCCUCGACCGCCCUCUCCAGCCCAAACCUAGCCACCCACGACAGCUUGGAGGAAAUCACCGACGACAUCAUGAUGAUGGACUCCGGCUCCGGUUCCGGCGCCGGGAUGAUGACUGGUGGCACCUUCAAGCAGCAAGCCAUCAAGAACUCCAAGGGCAAAGUGUUCUGGGAUACCUUUUCCGAGACGAGUAGCACGGGCGGGGGGGCUACACAGCGUGUUACGCCGCCUCCGCCGUCGUUUGUUGCGCGCGCGUCCUCGUCGGUUAUGAGUUUGGAGGAUAUGAGCAUGGACUCGCCGUCGACGAGCUCUAAUGGUGGUGCGAGCCAGGGGAAUUCGUUUGUCCCGCCGGGGAGUGGAAGCGCGGGGGGGCAGAUAACUACUAGCUCUGGUCACGGUACGCCGUCUUUUCCCUCCCAGAGACCCAGCAGCAGCAGCAGCAACAACAACCACACCACCGCCACCCCCAACCCAAACCAACCCCCUCAACCCAACCCCCCACCAACUAGCCAUUCCACUUCUAACUCCUACACCAACCCCCUAGGAAUCGGUCUAGGCCUCGGAGGCGGCCUGGGUCCAACCCCCCCCACAGCAGCCGAAAUAACCCGGCGCAUCAACAGCAAACGGCGUCGCGGCCGAGACGAUGAUCUCGACCCCGUCAGCAUCAAGCGUCGCGCUGUGAGUCCGGGGAUGAGUGUGCAUAACUCGCCGGUGCUGCAGAGUCCGUUGCAGAGGGAUAUGGCGCCGUGGGGGGCUACGAACGCAACUCAAGGAGGAGUGGGAGGGGGUGGAAGUGGGGGAGGGAGUGGGGGUGUGUCGAUUUCGUCGAGGCCGGGGAGUGUUGGGGGGGAUGGUACCGGUGCUGGUAGUGGGAGCGGGAAUGGGAGUGGGAGUGGGAGUACGGGUGGGAAUACGAGUGGGAGUGCUGGGGGGAGGAGUACCGGGAAACUAAGGAUUGGACUGCAGGGGAUGGUGGAUACGAAUGAUGGGAUUACGAGGUUGAGUAUUGAGUAG